AAGUGAAAAGAAGGAAGAAAUGCAAGGAAACUCUGCAUUCUUCUCUCUUUUCAUCAUUCAUCAUAAUUUCAUUCACCUAAAAUCACUCAGAAAAAAUAAGAAAAAAAAUGACACCUCUUUUGUUUAUGGUUCUAGCCAUGGAAAUGGGCGUGAUCAUAACCAUGUUGUUUCACUCACCCUUGAGGAACCUAAUCAUUAUGGGUUUGGAUCGGUUGAAGCAAGGUAGAGGGCUCGUGACCUCAAGGACCAUUUUCGCGACAUUAUUCAUUGUCUUCGUGUUCAACGUGUAUGAUAUCCUUAAAACCCAAAAGCGCGUGAUCGAGGUUGGAACCACUAAUCCAACCGAUCAAGUUCUUUUGGCUAAUCACGUUCUAGAGGCGUCACUCAUGGGUUUCUGUUUAUUCCUCGGAUUGAUGAUCGAUAGACUUCAUUAUUAUGUCAAGGAAUUGUGGUUGUUGAGGAAGAGCUUGAAAGUCGCUCGUGAUUCUAAUCCGAUUCAACCCGUCAACAAAAACAAGAAAGCUUAGUUACAACACUUUCUCAUAUUCAAUCAACCUUCAUGUGAACAAUUCUUCUAUAUUGUAAACAUCAAUAAAUUCACCAAAUGUAAUUCUAACGUGUCAUGUGUGUAUAUGCUCUUCUAAAGUCGAGUGUUUUAUUUACAGUUGUAACUAAAUUAUUGUGUGUAUAAAUUGUUACCAUGAGAAUCUACUAUUGGAAACUCAUGGAUCCGUCAA